CUGCUCGCCCCGCGCGGUGAGCCCGCGCCCCGCCAUGGAGGACCUGGAUGCCCUGUUGUCUGACCUGGAGACCACCACCUCACACAUGCCAAGGUCAGGGGUUCCAAAAGAGCGGUCCCCAGAGCCUCUCACAGCUCCCCUGCCCUAUGGCCACCAACCACAGACAGGGUCUGGGGAGUCUUCCGGAGCCUCUGGGGACAAGGACCAUCUAUACAGUACGGUUUGCAAGCCUCGGUCCCCAAACCCUGCGGCCCCUACGGCCCCUCCAUUCUCCUCUUCCAGCGGUGUCUUGGGCACAGGGCUCUGUGAGCUAGACCGGUUGCUUCAGGAACUUAAUGCUACCCAGUUCAACAUCACAGAUGAAAUAAUGUCUCAGUUCCCAUCAAGCAAGGAGACUGCAGGGGAACAGAAGGAGGACCAAUGUGAGGACAAGAAAAGGCCCAGCCUCCCUCCCAGCCCAUCUCCUGUUCUCCCAAAGCCUUCAGCAACCUCUGCCACCCUAGAGUUGGAUAGACUGAUGGCUUCGCUGUCUGAUUUCCGUGUCCAAAACCAUGUGAAUCAGCUUCCAGCGUCUGGGUCAACCCAGCCACCAGUGCCAAGCUCUGUGAAUGAGGACUCCCCAUCCUCACCAGGGCCGGCCAGCAAGGGCAGCCUAGACACCAUGCUGGGGCUGCUGCAGUCUGAUCUCAGCCGCCGUGGUGUUCCUACCCAGACCAAGGGUCUCUGUGGCUCCUGCAAUAAACCUAUUGCUGGGCAAGUGGUGACAGCGCUGGGCCGGGCUUGGCACCCUGAGCACUUCAUUUGCGGUGGCUGUUCCAUGGCCCUGGGAGGCAGCAGCUUCUUUGAAAAGGACGGAGCCCCCUUCUGCCCUGAAUGCUACUUUGAGCGCUUUUCCCCACGAUGUGGCCUCUGCAAUCAACCCAUCAGACACAAGAUGGUUACUGCCUUGGGCACCCACUGGCACCCGGAGCAUUUCUGCUGCGUCAGUUGUGGGGAGCCCUUCGGAGAUGAGGGUUUCCAUGAGCGAGAGGGCCGCCCCUACUGCCGCCGGGACUUCCUGCAGCUGUUCGCCCCGCGCUGCCAGGGCUGUCAAGGCCCCAUUCUGGAUAACUACAUCUCCGCGCUCAGCGCACUAUGGCACCCGGACUGCUUCGUCUGCAGGGAAUGCUUCGCACCUUUCUCCGGAGGUAGCUUUUUCGAGCACGAGGGCCGCCCGCUGUGCGAGAACCAUUUCCACGCGCGGCGUGGUUCGUUGUGUGCCACGUGUGGCCUCCCCGUGACCGGCCGUUGCGUGUCAGCCCUGGGCCGUCGCUUCCACCCAGACCACUUCACCUGCACCUUCUGCCUGCGCCCACUCACCAAGGGCUCCUUCCAGGAGCGUGCCGGCAAGCCGUACUGCCAACCCUGCUUCGUCAAGCUCUUCGGCUAACCGCCUGCGGGCCUGCCA